CAUGCGCAGAUUAGCCUGUGUGCUACAAUAUUGAGACUCAUCGGCGGACAUGGAGGAACAGAGCCGGAGUCAGCAGACAACCCCGAGCGGGAAAGGCAAGGAGGCCGGCAGCCAGCAGUCAGAUCCUGUGAAGGAUAAGAAGGAGGACCAGGAGCUGUCUGAAGAAGACAAACAACUGCAAGAUGAACUUGAAAUGCUCGUGGAGAGACUGGGGGAGAAGGACAGCUCCCUCUACAAACCAGCUCUGGAGGAACUCCGUAGACAGAUUCGCUCUUCCACCACCUCUAUGACUUCUGUUCCCAAACCACUGAAGUUCUUGAGACCACACUAUGGUAAACUUAAGGAGAUAUAUGAGAAUAUGGAAUCUGGAGAAAAUAAGCGAUUUGCUGCUGAUAUAAUUUCGGUUCUUGCUAUGACUAUGAGUGGUGAGAGAGAAUGUCUUAAGUACAGACUCCAAGGUUCACAGGAAGAACUAGCAUCAUGGGGGCAUGAGUAUGUAAGGCACUUGGCUGGGGAGGUUGCCAAAGAAUGGCAAGAAGUGGAGGAAUCAGAUAAAUCCCAGAGGGAUACUCUGCUGACAUUGGUGAAGGAGAUCAUCCCAUACAAUAUGGCUCACAAUGCCGAACAUGAAGCCUGUGAUCUGCUCAUGGAAAUUGAGAAAAUGGACAUGUUGGAAAAGUACAUUGAUGAUAACGCAUAUGCUAAAGUUUGCCUCUAUCUCACUAGUUGUGUGAGUUAUGUUCCGGAACCAGAGAAUUCCUCCCUCCUGCGCUGUGCGCUCUCUAUCUUCAGAAAGUUUAAUCGUUACCCAGAGGCACUGCGACUUGCUCUCAUCCUCAAUGACAUGGAGCUGGUGGAGGACAUCUUCACUUCCUGCAAGGAUGUGGUUAUUCAGAAACAGAUGGCAUUCAUGCUUGGCCGACAUGGAGUCUACCUCAGUCUAAAUGAAGACGUUGAAGAGUAUGAGGAUUUAACUGAGAUCAUGUCCAAUGUCCAACUUAAUAGCAACUUCCUUGCUCUUGCUCGUGAGCUUGAUAUCAUGGAGCCCAAAGUGCCAGAUGAUAUUUACAAAACACACCUGGAAAAUAACCGAUUUGGAGGUAGUGGAUCUCAAGUGGAUUCGGCAAGGAUGAAUUUGGCUUCAUCCUUUGUGAAUGGAUUUGUUAAUGCAGCCUUUGGUCAAGACAAGCUGCUUACUGAUGAUGGAAACAAGUGGUUGUAUAAAAACAAGGAUCAUGGAAUGUUGAGCGCAGCUGCUUCUUUGGGAAUGAUCCUCCUUUGGGAUGUGGAUGGAGGUCUUACUCAGAUAGACAAGUACCUGUAUUCAUCUGAGGACUACAUAAAGUCUGGAGCUCUCUUGGCCUGUGGUAUUGUGAACUCUGGGGUGAGAAAUGAAUGUGACCCAGCUUUGGCCCUUCUCUCAGACUACGUCCUCCAUAAUAGUAACACCAUGCGUCUUGGUGCCAUUUUUGGACUGGGACUUGCGUAUGCUGGUUCCAAUCGUGAGGAUGUGCUGACACUUCUGCUUCCGGUAAUGGGGGAUUCAAAGUCCAGUAUGGAGGUGGUUGGAGUAACAGCCCUUGCUUGUGGAAUGAUUGCUGUGGGGUCGUGCAAUGGGGAUGUGACUUCCACAAUCCUUCAGACAAUUAUGGAGAAAUCUGAGCAAGAGCUGAAGGACACAUUUGCUCGUUGGCUUCCUCUUGGCUUGGGGUUGAACCAUCUAGGAAAAGGUGAAGCUAUUGAGGCAAUCCUAGCUGCUUUGGAGGUUGUUUCUGAGCCAUUUCGCAGCUUUGCCAAUGCUCUUGUUGAUAUCUGUGCUUAUGCAGGUUCUGGAAAUGUACUGAAGGUCCAGCAGCUUCUUCAUAUUUGCAGUGAACACUAUGACUCCAAGGAGAAAGAGGAGGAGAAGAAAGACAAAAAAGAGAAGAAAGAGAGUGCUGCUGACAUGGGAUCUCACCAGGGUGUGGCAGUCCUUGGCAUUGCUCUCAUUGCUAUGGGUGAAGAAAUUGGAUCAGAGAUGGCACUCCGCACCUUUGGACAUUUGUUAAGAUAUGGAGAGCCCACGCUUCGAAGAGCUGUUCCUCUGGCUCUGGCCCUCAUCUCUGUCUCCAAUCCAAGGUUGAAUAUCUUGGACACAUUGAGCAAGUUCUCCCAUGAUGCAGACCCUGAAGUUUCCUAUAAUUCCAUCUUUGCCAUGGGCAUGGUGGGCAGUGGCACAAACAAUGCUCGUCUUGCUGCUAUGUUGAGACAGUUAGCCCAGUAUCAUGCCAAGGAUCCGAACAAUCUGUUUAUGGUGCGACUAGCGCAGGGACUCACUCAUUUGGGAAAAGGAACUCUCACACUGUGCCCCUACCACAGUGAUCGUCAACUCAUGAGUCAAGUGGCAGUGGCAGGAUUAUUAACUGUCCUUGUGUCCUUCUUGGAUGUUAGGAACAUUGUGCUGGGCAAGUCACAUUAUAUACUGUAUGGUUUAGUAGCUGCAAUGCAGCCACGAAUGUUGGUCACAUUUGAUGAGGAGCUGAGGCCUCUACCAGUUUCUGUCAGAGUUGGACAGGCUGUGGAUGUUGUUGGCCAGGCUGGCAAGCCCAAGACAAUCACAGGAUUCCAGACACACACAACACCUGUUUUGCUGGCCCAUGGUGAGCGGGCAGAACUGGCUACAGAAGAGUAUCUGCCUGUAACCCCCAUUCUAGAGGGAUUUGUCAUCCUACGAAAGAACCCAAAUUAUGAUGUGUAGUGCUUGAGAAAUGUGUGGGGAGGCAAUAUUGUGGGAUCAUGGGACUAGUUGUGUUUUUUUUGUUACUAAAUCUUAUUAAAUAAUUUCACAACCAUACCUACACUCUGGAUUAGUAGUGUCUCCCAUCACCAGGUCACUUAUUUAAGUAAAGGAAAAGGGGGGGAAAAAAUGUCAUUCCAGGCAGAUCGCUUAUUGGAUUUUACUUCCCCAUUCAACAGAACCAAAUCCAGAUGGUUACUCUGCUGCUGGUAACUAUGUGGUUAUAUUACAUAAGUGAGUGUCUCUGUGGAUCCACCUAGACAAUGAGCAUCACUGGAUCAAUCUGGUUUGAUUUUGAGGAUUUUGUUUAUAAAUUGUAUUUUUAAUGGAUUGUAUCAGACUUUCAGUCUCAGUACAGAGUCUCGUUUGAAUACACUGUGUCAUUUUAUUCCUUCUAUACACAGGCCACAUGGAAUUGGUUAAUAUUAUGUAAAAUUCUCAAAGUACUUUUGUGUAUACAGGAAGUGAUGACUGGAAGUAAAACUGUUAUCAUUUACAGCUACAGAAAAUAAAAUGAAUUCCGUUUCUAUGGGUGGUGAGACGAAA